AUGGCUGGAAAGUGUGGGAAGCUGGUGAUGUGGGUGCUUGGGGCCAUGCUGCUUUCAUGCUGCUUGUACAUGGAAACAGAUGCCACCUUUGAGCUGGAGGUGGGUUUAGAGGAGAGUGGAGAAUCUACAGGGGAGCCAGUGGCAGGCUCUGAUGAGUUGUUAUACAGACGACACGCCGCUCUAACUCGAAGGAAGAGGGACGUCUUGUUUCCCAGUGGAGUAAAGCUUUGCUCUCAGGAGACGUUCGACCAAGCUAUUGCGAACCACCUCAGCUACUUCCAUCUCAGAGUGUGUCAGGAGACAGUUUGGGAGGCCUUUAAGAUCUUCUGGGAUCGGCUGCCAGAGCGGGAUGAGUACCAGGGCUGGGUGAGCCGCUGCAUGGAUGGCUCCAUCAGUGUCAUGGACAUCGGCAGAUUCUUCAGCCAAUCGGAGGAGCACCGAAGCCUCAUCAGGAGUAGAGUUGCUCUGGUUGCUCCAAUGAACAUUGUGCCCAUCAGCCCUACUCCAUGCAGCUCGGAGACGCCGACCACUCAGACUGGAGAUGCAGUGGCCGAGAUCUCACCAGGAGAGAGUGACAUCAUCAUUGGAUCAGAGACAAUCACAAUCAAGCAAGAUGAUUUUACUUUAGGUCUUGAGGUCACUUCCUGGAUUCCUCUGGCCUCUGUGACUAAAGGUCCACAUCAAGAGUCUACGGCACAUAUUAACACUGAGGUUUUAAGUGUUGGGGGCCUGCUUGAGGAUACUGUGGAGGUGGCAACAGAGGCUGAUUACGCUGUUACACAUAAGCCUUUAGAUUGGAUCGAUCAGGAAAUUGGGGAAGACAAAACUAUCCCUGAAAUAUCAGAUAAGGAGGAGGCUGUAGUUGAAGAUGACAAAAUCAUUGGGCUCAUCCCUGAAAAUGUGAUCAUAGUUGACUCUGAGGUCAUUCAGGAAGUUACCCCAAAAGGUGAGAAGCCUCCGUUAGAGGUUGUGGCCCAUGAAGCACCCACAGAAGAAACUGUUGUGGUUCUUCCGAAGCCCACCACAGCAUCAGAAACGAUCACAUUGAAGGAAUUAGGGCAGAAGGUACAUCCGAAGGUGACCUCUGAGGCUCCUUCAGAAGUCAUGAUACAGCACAUCCCAAAGACAACCACAGAAGAUGCUGUUGAGACAGAAAUUGAAGAAAUUCCAGACAAAUCUCUGGAUACCCAUGACAAAACCUUCACGGAGGAUUUUGUAGAGAAACCCUCACAGGAUUUACAAGAGCCAAUUGAUGAAGCAAUACCACUUCCAAUUCCUGAAGAACCUGAAGACAAAAUACAUACACUUCCAGUAGAACAUCCUUCAAAGGCAGUUGUAGAGGUGAGCCAAGAAGUAACCAAAGUCAUCACAGAAGCAACAGAAACUAUAUUACUGAUAACAGAUGCAGAAGAAACUGAAAUAUUCAAUAAUGUGACUCCAAAACAAGGAUCUGCCUCAAAUGUAAAAACAGAAGUCCCCUCCCAGGCCUCUAUUCUGACAACAACACAUAAGAUAGAAGUAACAGUUGUUGAAUACACUCCAAAGGACAAACCAACACUAAUGGCUGAGGUUACUUCUAAGCCUAUUCUAAUAUUAGAACAUGACAAAGGUGAAAAAUAUAGUGUCACAGAGGAACUGCCAACAAUACAGAUAACUUCAUCCAAGGAACACAGCAAAGAAGAAAUACCAGUGGUGUCAAAAGAGGAGGCAAAAGCAGAAGUCAAACAAGAAGAAGUUGUUCUGAAAGAUAAGACUAAACAAAUAACAAAGACUGGUGUAGAAGGGCCAAAAGAUACAGUUGCUGAAGAAGUUGCAGUUCAAACAGUAACAGUCACAGCAACAGAAGCGGAAGCAGCAGCAAAAGAACUACACAAAGACGCAGAAGGGGCAACAGUUUUAGUGGAGAGUACAUUAAAAACCUCAGACGAUGUCACAACAGACAAAACAGAGGAAGAAAGAGCUGAGGUAGUUGUGGAAAUACCUUUUGAAGAGGAAAAAUAUGUAACACAGAUAGAAGGGAAAAUAUUGGAAGCUACAGGAGAACCAGUUAAAGAUGAAGAUGAUACAACUGAUGACUUUAGAGAAACUGUAGAGGAGGAAGGAAGAAAGGAAGAAACUAUAGAACAACCAAAACUUUUAGUAGAAACUUUACAUGAACCUGAACCUCUUGAACCUGUGGAAGAAAUUGUAGAUAUAGUAGAACCUUCAGAAAUUACUACAAAGGAUGUCAAACCCGUAGAAGAAACCACAAAGGAGACUGAGCCCACAAUAGAACCAGCAGAAGAAGUAGAACUUGUAGAAGUCAUCAGAGAACAGACUAAACCUCUGGAAGAAUUGGCACAAGAACUGGAACCUGUUAAAGAAACCACAGAAAAGACAGAACCAGCAGAAAAACCAGUGACAGAGGCCAAACCCGUAGAAGACACUCAUGAGAAGUCACCACAACCCAAGAGAGAACCGACAAGAAAAACAGAACUGAAUGAAGAAAUUACAGGGAAACCUGAACUCAAAAACGAUCCAGUUCAAGAAGCAGAAGGAUCAGUACUUAAAGCAGUACCCAAAGAAGAACCAAGAGAAGGAGAACUCAUAAAAGAUACUACAGAAAAAACACAACCCACAACAGAACCAGCCCAAAUUGAAUCUAUAAAAGAAACUGGUGAAAAAAAUGAACCAACAAGACAAUCUAUAGAACAAUCAAAACCCAAAAUAAUAACGGAGGAUGAUAAACCUGAUCUUGUUUUAACAUCUGUCAAUAAAACUCAAGAAGCAGCUGAAGGGGAAACAUUUGAGGACAGAGAAGAAGCUGCCUCUGAGAGUUUAGAUGAGAUAACGGAGAAAGAAGCUGGAUUUGAAGAUCCAGAAACAGAUGAAACUUCAUCAGAAGUUACAGAGACCCCUUCAGAAUCUGAUGAGGAAAUCACUCAUGUGCUUGUUGUUGUUCCAGAAGACACAGAGACAUCUGCACCUGAGGUAACAGUGGAACCUCCAGGUGAAUCUGAAGUGGAAAUUCUCCUGGAAACCAUCAAAAAUAGCACUGCAAAAGUUACUAAAUCUGAAGUUCCAGAGCCUAAAUUAUUCCCUGAAGCUGAGGAAGAAAUCUCAAAGGCUCCACUUGAAACAUCUCCAAAAGCUGUCACUGAUGCCCAACCAGGCACAAUUUCAGAGGUAGAAACCCCUGAGGAGGUCACCCCAGAGUCUCCUAAAGAGCUUCCCAGUAAGGAAGAUGGCGCCUCAGAUGAGGGCAGUAUCCAGGUAGCUUCAGAAGAUGCUGAUCAAGAAUCAGUUGAGGGUGACUCCCCAACUGAAGAAGCAGAUGAAAUCUUAACAGAGACUCCACUGGAAGUGGCACCUGAGUCAGUUGAUUCCAUCACCCUAGAAACAGUUGUGGAUUUCACUGACGAGAGAACACAAAGUACUACACUGGGUACCACUGAGGAGUCUACCCCUACUUCCUAUUUGGAGAUGACGACCAAGUAUGUGGUCGAAUACAAUAAUGGCAACUUUCCCGAUCUUAUAGAGAGGGUUUAUGACGUAAAUGGCAACUUUUUUGGAAACAAUGGCUUCAAGUUGGAGGAUGAGGAGGAGAACUUGAUUGGUAAUGAGAUAGACACGUUACUUCUGCCACCGAGGCCCCUGAAGGAUGAGGUGGUAGAGUUGAGCAUGAAACUCAAAGAGGAAACCUACAACGAUGCUCUGAGAGACCCAAGCAGCUUUGAGUAUCAGCAGCUGGCCAGACACUUCAAACGCAGGAUUGAAGACGCCUUUCAUAGAGUGCCGGGCUUCAAGACUGUUUACAUUGUGGAAUUCAGACCCCAGAAGGAUCUGGAGCGGGGUUUGGUGGUCCUUGUGCACUAUGCCAUCACUCUGGAGGUGGAUGGGAGUGGGAUUGCCAACGACACCUUGGAUUUCAUCUCUCUGCAGAACAACCUUGUGGAGAAGAACUACCCUGGUUCCGCUGAGCAACCCACUGUUGUCUACACCAUCACGGACUUCCGCAACUACAUCACUGAGGCUCUGCACAAAGACAACUUCAUGACCAACAAUAGCCUGGAGACACAGGGUGACCCACUGCAGCUGGAGAAUGCAGAGAACUUGUUGCCUCCUGUGAAACCAACAAGUCAACCAGUUGACACCUUUGACAACAUGGACAAUGUCCUCGCUGCAGAGAAGCCUCCCGAUGCACCAAUGCACGAGACGGAUGACAAUGAUGUUUUCUCAAAGAAGGAGGACUUCCUGUUCGAUCCUUUCAGCCAGUGGAAAGCUCCACAGCUUGAUAGGACAAGCGAUAAUGAUGUGUUUUUGCUCGAUGAGAGUACAGCGUCUCCACUGAACCCUGAAUUUCCACAGAAGACCUUCGAUCUGGAGACUCGAAACAGUGAUGGAAAAAUUGAAGAUGAGGGAUUCCUCUUGAGUAACGCUCCCCCUGCCAGUGACAAAACCAACCGAGAGAAUGAUGCUGUCAGUCCUGAAAUUUCUUCUGCAGCCAGACAACCCCCUCCUGUAAACCAGCAGACAAUACCUGGGCUCACUCAGAAUGAUGGCUCUGGCUCUGGGUCCUCUGGAGAUGGCCAGGAAGCUGAUCUCUGGACCUGGCAGACUUCAGUGACAUUUGGUGACAAUGAAGGUGGAAGCCUGGACAUGCUCCCACCGCCUGAUCUGGAGGAGACUGAAGAGGAGGACAUUGAUUUAGGCGAGGUUGCUGUUGAACCAUUAACUACUAAGAAAUCUGUUUUGGUUGACAUGGGAGUAGAAUUUAUUUUAAAAGCAACAGCAGUUCCUAUUUUUGAAGAAGUAUUGUCAGAAGGACAUAUUGAAAAACCUUUUCUGGAUGAGGUCCUGGUGACUCCGCACAUAAGCACAGAUCCCCGAUACUCAACCACAACUCACGCACCUGUUUUUUCACCCAAAGAAACUCUGGCUGUUGAGUUUUCUGUACAAACAGUGGAAGCGUCUGGCAUGUAUGAUGACUACUCCUUGACUGAGCCUCAAACCCCUGUGGGAGUAGUUACAGAUUCUCCUGAACCUGAGGCUUGGACUAGGGAGGAAGCUGUUUUUCCUGGACCAUUGGAUUUGGCUAUGGGGCUUCACGAAACCACUGAAGAGGUGGAAGUACCUAGUGAAACAGCAAUAGAGCUUCCAAUGGUUACGACUGAAUCUAAAUAUGCAGAAAAUGGACCUGGGAAGGUAGAUGUUCAAGUUACAAUUGUAUCUCGACCACCUAAAGUACCUGAUAGGGACAGCCCUGCUACCCCACACACAGUCACAGGCAGUAAUUUCAGCUUUGAUGCCAUCACUGAUGCACCAUCAAUAUUUGAAGUUCUUACAGAAAAACCUGAACUGCUACAGGCAGGAAUGAAAGCCCACGAUCAGGUUGAAAUUUUGGAAGAACAGCAUAUCGGGACAACAACAACAGCACCAGCAAAUAAAGUACAAGACGAGGACCUGAUUGAAGAUGAGGUGAUGAUCGCCAUUACAACAUCUACUACUCCAGUCCCAACUUCAUCUGUAAGGCCAGAUCACUACAGUAGCAUUGCACUCUCACCAGAGAAGGACUCACCAUUCACUCGAGUGUCAGAUUCAGUGCCAGAUGAUGACGAUCUGAUUCAUCAUGAGCAACUAAACAAUGAAGAGCUUACUGUAUCCUCAAUAAGCACACAGUCUCCAGAUGGGUUAGACCAUCUGGUUCACCAUGAACCAGCAGUGUUUCACCAUGAACACACAAGGUAUGAAGAUAUUACUAACACUUCAGUAAUCACACCACCUUCAGAUGGUCCGCAAUCAAAACCAGCAGUGAUUUAUCAUGAACACCAUGAAAAUCGUCCUGAAGCUCCAUCAAGCACUCCUCCUCCAUAUGGUCCUCAGUCAAAACCAGCAGUGGCUCACCAUGAGCAAACAAAGCAUAAGGAUCUUAAUGAAGCACCAGUAAGCACAGCACCUGUAGAUGGUCCUCAGUUAAAACCAACAGUUGUUUACCAUGAACACCAUGAAGAGCUUCCUGAAGCUCCAAGAAGCACUCCUUCUCUAGAUGGUUCUCAGUCAAAACCAGCAGUGAUUCAUUAUGAGCACCAUGAAGAUGUUCCUGAAGCUCCAGUGAGGGUUCCAUCUUCAGAAGGUCCUCAGUCAAAACCGCCAGUGAUUCAUUUUGAGAACCAUGAAGAUGUUCCUGAAGCUCCAGUAAGCACUCCUUCUCCAGAUGGUCCUCAGUCAAAACCAGCAGUGAUUCAUUAUGAGCACCAUGAAGAUGUUCCUGAAGCUCCAGUAAGCACUCCUUCUCCAGAUGGUCCUCAGUCAAAACCAGCAGUGAUUCAUUAUGAGCACCAUGAAGAUGUUCCUGAAGCUCCAGUGAGGGUUCCAUCUUCAGAAGGUCCUCAGUCAAAACCGCCAGUGAUUUAUUUUGAGAACCAUGAAGAUGUUCCUGAAGCUCCAGUGAGGGCUCCGUCUUCUGAUAGUACUCAGUCAAAACCAGCAGUGAUUCAUCAUCAGCACCACGAAGAUGUUCCUGAAGCUCCAGUAAGCACUCCAUCUUUAGAUGGUCAUCAGUCAAAACCAGCAGUGGUUCACCAUGAGCAUCUGAACCAUGAAGAUCUUAAUGAAGCUUCAAAAAACACACCACCUCCAAAAGUUCCUCAGUCAAAACCAGCUGUGGCUUUCAGUGAGGACACAAGACAUGAAGAUCUUAGUGAAACCCCAGUACACACUCUAUUUUCUGAUCCACAGUCAAAGCCAGCAGUCGUUGUUCCUUCCUCUGUGCAGAAAGUUGAUGACCGCACUCCUGUGACUGAAGUCCAACCUUUCGAACAUGGUGUCUCUGAUGUGCCCAGCAUCGCUGUCAGCUUUGAUGUCUUCCAGUAUGGCGGGGUGUCGAGUGAAGGGGAAAGCAGUGGCUUCUCCAGUGGAGCUCAGGCCUCUGAUUUGGAUGCCAUUGCAUUACCAACCCGACCUGGCAGGGCGUUAACAAUUUUCUUCAGCUUGAGGGUGACCAACAUGGUGUUCUCAAUGGACCUGUUCAACAAGAGCUCCCCGGAAUACAAGGCUCUGGAGCAGCGUUUCCUCCAGCUGCUGGUCCCAUACCUGGAGUCAAACCUGAACAACUUCCAGAACCUGGAGAUCCUUAACUUUAGAAAUGGCAGCAUUGUGGUAAACAGUAGGAUGAGGUUUGGUAAACCAGUACAUAGAGGAGUCACCAAUGUUGUCUAUUUAAUCUUGGAAGACUUUGCCAACACUGCCUAUCAGACCAUGAACCUCGCCAUUGACAAGUACUCACUUGAUGUUGAGUCAGGUGACCGGGCUGAUCCCUGUAAGUUCCAGGCAUGUAACAAGUUUUCCAGGUGUAUAGUAAAUCAGUGGUCAAGUGAGGCUGAGUGUGUGUGCAACGCUGGAUAUCUGAGUGUGGAUGGCCUGCCAUGUCAGAGCAUCUGUGAGGUGCAACAUGAUUUUUGUCUUAAUGAUGGAAAAUGUGACAUCAUCCCUGGCAAGGGUGCCAUCUGCAGGUGUCGUGUUGGAGAAAAUUGGUGGUAUCGUGGUGAACACUGUGAAGAGUAUGUUUCCGAGCCAUUGGUGGUGGGCAUCGCCAUUGCCUCAGUGGCUGGUUUCCUGAUGGUGGCUGCUGGGAUUAUCUUUUUCCUGGCUAGGUCGUUACGAGAGCAGUAUGAUGGGGAGGACACAGAGGACCCCUUACGGCGAGGUGACAGUUUGCCAACACUUGAACGUGCCACCAAGUUCAACCCGAUGUUUGAGAGUGACCCUGUUACUGCCCAGUACUACCGCCGCUACAAUGAUGACGUGCCCCAGUACUACCAUCGGUGUGAUCGUGGGCUCCCUCACUUCAGCAGCUCUGCCAGUGUAGGCGAUUCCAAAGACCUCAGCAGUGAAGAGAUAAAAAACAUCUAUCAAAACACCACACUCAGUAAAGAGGAGAUUCAAGAACGCCUGAGGAUAAUUGAGCUGUGUGCAAGAGAUCAACACUUCGCAGAAUUUGUGCGACAGACUCAAAUAUUCCUGGAGAGGAGAGGGAGCUCCACCACAUAACCAUCCAGGAGCCUCUGACCAGAAACCUGCCUUCGUCUGUGUGUUGAGGAAGGGAGGAAUAGCUCGCUGCCUUGCUGCUUCCCAUUCUCUCCAGUAGAGGUGAAGGUGACCAAAUGCUCAACAAUCUGGGAGUUUAUUUUCUAAGAACAGUGUUUUCCUCCUGAGGGGCCCUGAAAUUAACUUGGGAUCCUUGAGGUCGCCUCUUCUCUUACCUUGAAACUUCAACUUUUCCUGUAAUUACUGUGUUGCUUAUUUAUUCUGUACAAAGACUUCAAUAACUGCUUUUUAACCUCUCAACAGUUUCACAGCCGCAUACCUCUGUCUUACACUUUCACCUUAGCUUAAAUUCAAGGGUUUCUGAUAAUAUCCCAACUUGCCUGUCACUGCUGUCAUAUUAAAAAGCCCGUCUGAAGUAUAGUUUUUAAUUUUUGCACCAGUAACAUUAUUUUAAUAUCUGUCUUUUGGUAUUAAUUUCUGUUUUUCCGACGUGGUUUUUCAGGACAGCUGUGACUUGCAACGCUCAUCCCCAUCAGUGCCUUUGCUGCUCUGGUAGCUUUUUCUGGGAUAUGAUGUGUAGAAUCUCAGAGCCCUUGUUUUAAAUAUAUACGUCACCAUAAAACCAAUGCUUGAAUCAGCAAAAUUCCUUUUUUUCUUUUUCUGCUUCAUGUUCACCCAAUCAGACACUUUGCAAAUGGGAAUGUUUACAUUUGUUAGUCAGUGCUUGCUGGAACAUUAACUGAUGUAUAGAACAUGCAUAGCCAGUCAGUGUGUUGUAUAUCUUUGUGAAUUUACAAGAGAAAGUUAUCUUUCUCCAAAAAGUUAUUCUCUUGUUCAGAGAAGGCACCGUCAUGUUCUGACAAGUCAUAAGUCACUGCAGGUACUGUCUUCUUCCAGACUAUCUAUUCUUGAGGGUAAGUAGCAGACAGGUGCUGCUAAUGAAAUGCAUUUUAGUCAAUGAUCCUUAGUGAGUGUGACCUCUAUAAAAGCAAAAGUUUGGGCAUUUUACUCGUCUUGGGCAUUCAGAUGUGUGUUAGCAUAAUGCCACAAUCUUUAGAGGAGUGGACAUCACAGCAAAUCUUUUUAGAGAGAAGAAAGACUCUUCUCUCUAAAAAGAUUAUGGCAGCACAGCUUAGGUUUGGAAAGUUGCAUCUCAACAAACAACAAGACUCCUGGAACAAUGUCCUUUGGACCGACGAGACCAAAGUGGAAAUGUUUACUCAUUAUGCACUGCAUCAUGUUUGGAGAAAACCAAUCAUAGCACCUCAGCACAAACACCUCAUACCAACUGUCAACACAGUGGUGCAAGGGUGUUGAUUUGGGCUUGUUUUGCCGACACUUGACAUGGGCACCUUGCAGUCAUUGAGGCGACCACGAACUUGUCUGCCUGCCAAAGUAUUCUAAAGUCAAAUCAUUUGUCCAACAGUUAAAUUGGAUCAUGCAGCAAGACAAUGAUCUCAAAUGCAGCAAAUCUCCAACAGAAUGGCUGAAAAAGAAAAGAAUGAAGGUGUUGCAAUGAUCCAGUCAAAGUCCAUACCUCAACCUGUUUGAAAUCCUGUUGCAGGGCUUUAAGAGAGCUGUGCAUAAAUAAAUUCCCCCAAAACUCAAUGAACUGAAGCACCAUCAAAAAAAAGGAGUGGGUCAAAAUUCUUACACAAUGAUGGGACAUGAUAAUGUCAAACAGAAAGCGAUUACUUUAAGUUCCAUCCAUACAUCUUGUAGAAUCCCCUUCUAGAAACCAGUAAAUCACUGGGUUCACUUGGUUUUUCAUAAAACUACACUGCUGUGAAAACUUUCUUCUUCUCAUGACUGUAAGUUCCUCUCCUUUUCUCAAGAAAUUAAUCUUCUUCUUAUUGCGUUGGCACAAGUUACUAUCUCAUUCCAACACAUUAUUGUUUUCUACCAAGGUGUUAUGUUUCUGAUAAAUAUAGUACUUUUUGUUUGGUUAAGGCAGUAUCUUACUAUCUUGCUUGAACAAAUUCCUAUCGUGUUUCAAGUAAUUAUUACUGUUCUGCCAAUGUAAAACAUUCAUUUUACAGGUUACAAGUUACUGUGUUAUUCAGACAGGUGACUGACUUGUUCUGAGAAGGUGUUGUUGGUCAAAUCAGGUAUUUUUUUUGUACUGGCAAGUUACUAACUUUCCCCAAGAAGUUAUGGUUUUGACGAGGUAUUAUAAUGUUUGCACAAGAUAUUAACUUACAUGAAAACAAUCACAUAUAAAAAUUCAUGACUUCCCGUUUUAUGAACCAGGUGCUAAGAGAGAGACAAAUUAUUAUGACUGAUGAAAUAAAUAGAAUAGAAGUUCUCAUCUGCAAAACAGCCUCUUAAAAUCUAUCUUUAUUUUUUCUCUUUUUAAGUACUUGAAUUUUCUGUUUGUUGCUAUGAACUAAACGAUUUGUAUUAAGUGUAGUUGAUAGUACAUCCACUGAUAUUUGUUUUCAUAUAUGUUUAGGCUUGGUGUAUGUUUGCCACUUUAGAGCGCUUAAAUCCAAGACAACGGUUUCAAAAUGUCACUUAGUGACUCAAAUGGCUUCUCAACCCCCCAAAGCAAAGUUGAUGGAUCAUUUUCUGUUGGUUUGCAUGCAGGUCUCGGGCUCUCUGUUUUCCUCCAUGUUUUGUUUUGUAUUGUGUUUUCUAUGUGGUAUGUACAGCCAGCAGAGGAGGGCAAUAUUCUGACCAAAACCGAGUGUUUCAAAUGUAAAAUGUAAAUUUCUGAUAAAAAAAAAAAUUAUCCUACUCCAA